CUCGAGCAGAUCAACAGACAGAGAGAAAGUAGAGAGAAGAGCAACUACCGGACAACAUGCCGCUGAAACGACAGGACACGGAGCGAGCCCUCCAGGUCAUAGAAGCCUCUCAGAUGGGAGACGAAGGUUUUAAGAACAGAGCUGAACAACUCCUCAACAUCUUCCAGAGUGACCUGUUCCAGGCUCUACUGGAUAUCCAGGAGUUCUAUGAGCUGACAGUGUUUGAGAACCAGAACAGCGACCAGGCGAACACACCUGGACUGAAGUAUCGUUACCAGGAUGAGGAGACUCCGUCUCUGGACCACAGCCCUGCCCACAUGACCUCUAGACGCAGCGGAGAGUUCAACCAAUCACAGCUGGACGGAUACACACACCUUGCACCCAUCACGAUGAAUGGAUCAGAGGGAGAGGUGGAGUAUGAAGAGAUGACACUAGAGAGGGGUAACUCUGGUCUAGGAUUCAGUAUAGCAGGUGGAACAGACAACCCCCACGUUGGAGACGACCCGUCUAUCUUCAUCACCAAGAUCAUCCCUGGAGGAGCUGCCGCACAGGACGGGAGGCUCAGGGUUAAUGACAGUGUGAUACUAGUAAAUGAUGUUGACGUUCGUGAGGUGACACACAGCUUGGCUGUGGAAGCUCUAAAGGAGGCGGGGCCAGUUGUUCGUCUCUACGUCCUCCGGAGGAAGCCACCCGUGGAGACCGUCACACAACUCAAACUCAUCAAAGGACCUAAAGGUUUGGGGUUCAGUAUAGCAGGUGGACUAGGGAACCAGCAUGUACCAGGUGACAACAGUAUAUAUGUGACUAAGAUCAUAGAGGGAGGAGCGGCCUGUAAAGAUGGACACCUACAGAUAGGCGAUAAGAUACUGGCUGUGAACCAGGUCUGUUUAGAAGAUGUGAUGCAUGAAGACGCAGUAUCAGCUCUGAAGAACACAGCCGAAGUGGUCUACCUGAGAGUAGCCAAACCUUCACAUCUCUACACACCUGACCAGUACAGUCCCCCUGACCUCACCUCGUACAUGGACCCAGACGUGGGCCCUAACUACCUAGAUUACCCACAAUCCUCUCUGCCGCCGCCCUCGCCACGACGCUACUCACCCAUACCGCACGGAAUGAUGGGAGAAGACGACAUCCCCAGUAGAGAGGCCAGGCGGGUGUGUAUCCACAGAGGGUCGACUGGUCUGGGGUUUAACAUCGUUGGGGGAGAAGACGGAGAGGGAAUCUUUAUCUCCUUCAUCCUGGCUGGAGGACCGGCUGAUCUCUCAGGAGAGCUACGCAAGGGAGACCAAAUCAUCAGUGUGAACGGUGUGGAUCUCAGACAUGCGACUCAUGAACAGGCUGCAGCAGCUCUGAAGAAUGCUGGACAGACUGUUACUAUCAUCGCUCAGUACAGACCUGAGGAAUACAGCAGGUUUGAGGCUAAGAUCCACGACCUGAGAGAACAGAUGAUGAACAGUAGCAUGAGCUCUGGGACCCUCCGAGCCAACAGGACCUUCUAUGUCAGGGCCCUGUUUGACUAUGAUAAAACAGCAGACUGUGGGCUGUUGAGCCAGGCAUUGGGCUUUAACUUCGGGGAGGUGCUCCAUGUGACUGACUGUAGUGAUGAAGAGUGGUGGACUGCUAGGAGACUGGGACAACAGGGAGAACUGGAGGAACUAGGGUAUAUACCCAGCAAACACAGGGUGGAGAGGAAGGAGUGGUCUCGUAUGAAGAAUAAGGACCGCAGCAGCUUUGUUCAGAGCUAUGAAACUGUUACACAGAUAGAAGUCCACUAUGUGAGGCCUAUCAUUAUACUGGGUCCUACUAAAGACAGAGUGAAUGAUGAUCUUCUCUCUGAGUUUCCUGACAAGUUUGGUUCCUGUGUUCCACACACGACGCGGCCCCAGAGGGAGUAUGAGGUGGAUGGGCGGGACUACCACUUUGUGUCGUCAAGGGAACAGAUGGAGAAGGACAUCCAAUCACAUCACUUCAUAGAGGCGGGUCAAUACAACAGUCACCUGUAUGGAACCAGCGUUCAGAGUGUCCGCAUGGUCGCAGAGCAGAUGGGGAAACACUGUAUCUUAGAUGUAUCAGCUAAUGCAGUGAGGAGACUACAGGCAGCUCAGCUUCAUCCUAUUGCUGUCUUCAUCAGACCAAGAUCACUGGAAAAUAUACUUGACCUGAACAAGCGUCUGACAGAGGACCAGGCCAGAAAGGCUCUGGACAGAGCUGUCAAACUGGAACAAGACUUUAUAGAAUGCUUCUCAGCUAUUGUGGAAGGGGAGAGUUUUGAAGACGUUUAUCACAUGGUGAAGACUGUGAUCGAAGAGCAGAGUGGACCCUACAUAUGGAUACAAUCAAGAGAAAGACUAUAAAAGAGAGGAGAGGAGCAGAGGAGAGGAGCCUAUAUAUGGACACCAUCUAGGGAAACACUAUAGAGGAGAUUAGAGGAGAGUUGAGGAGAUGAGAAGAGAGGAGAGGAGAGGAGAUAUUAGGAGAGAAGAGAGGAGAGUUGAGUUGAGGAGAGAAGAGGAAAAGAGAGGAGAGUUGAGGAAAAAAAGAGAGGAGGAGAGAAGAGAAGAGAAGAGAGUUGAGGAAAAGAGAGAGGAGAGGAGAGGAGAGUUGAGAUAAGAGGAAAAGAGAGAGGAGGAGAGAAGAGAGGAGAGUUGAGAUGAGAGGAAAAGAGAGAGGAGAGAAGAGAAGAGAGGAGAGUUGAGAUAAGAGGAAAAGAGAGAGGAGGAGAGAAGAGAGGAGAGUUGAGAUAAGAGGAAAAGAGAGAGGAGAGAAGAGAAGAGAGGAGAGUUGAGAUAAGAGGAAAAGAGAGAGUAGGAGAGAAGAGAAGAGAGUUGAGGAAAAGAGAGAGGAGGAGAGUUGAGGAGAGAAGAGGAAAAGAGAGAGGAGAGGAGAGUUGAGAUAAGAG